UUGCUGGUUUCGAGAGUGUACUGGCUGGCGCAAAAAUUCGUCUCUGGCGUCUCCAGGCGUCUCCGCGCUCUUUUAUCGGCGGGCUACCGAUCAUGGCUAAAAAGAACGCUGAAAAGGUGAAGCGGCUUGCCAAGGAAGUCCUCCGAAGCAUCGAGAACACCUCUGCGAAAUCGCGCAUCUGCAAGAAGUCUCCGGCAGCUCUUACGGAAGAGAAAGAGAAAAAGGAGGACGCCGUCGUGGAGGUGAUUGAGAGCAUGGACAGCCCAGGGAGGGACCCUGCGUCAACCCCAUUCCUACGUCGCAGACGGCGUGCUCCGUCGAAGCGCCAAAGCAACGAAGCGGCAACUGCUGGAGCAAGCCACGCCGAUCUCGAGACCUCUGGCACGGUGCCGCGUCAGCGCGAGAGAUUGACGCCAUCACCCAUGCAUACCUCGUUUUCUGCGGCAGGAGGUUGUUCUUGGGACGGUGCAUCUUCCCCUUUCGGAGAGUCUCCAAUCCGUAAACGCAAGAGAGGCACCGCGGUGUGGAGUCCCGAGCUGUCUGUGCGGCGCGUGAGUCGGACGUACAGCCGAACUCCGGUGCGCGGGGCGCGUCGAGCACUCAACCUCUUCGAAGAUCCAGAGGAUGGGGCAGCCGUGACGGACCUCUUGGAAGAGCCGUUGACGUCAAAGGUCAAGAGGCAAGCCAAGAAGGCGACGCCUUCCAAGCUGCCGGACAAGAAGCGCAAGGCUGCUUUCGACGAGUGGGCAGACAAAAAGGCGGCGGAGUUCGACGAGAUCCUCCAGUUUGAGCUGACCUUCGGUUGACCUCGGAGGGUCUGUCGCCACCGACAGCGAGGCGCCAAAGAAGUGGCACGCCUUCUCUGUUUGGUCUGCACGGAGAUUCGUGGUUCCGGUGAACAAGUCGGUCACUACCUGGCGUGAACUAUUUUGUGCCACAUUGUCGGAGCUAGCACAGCUUCCGCAGUGCUGUUGCCCGAACCGAUACGAGAGCACGUGGCUUUGUCUCGAGUGUCAAUUGUACCCGCUCUCGUGCAAAGGAGACGCACCGGAGCACAGCAGAAGCUACGCUGGCCUAAAAAAUGUUGCGUAAAAUAAUUGACGCCGUGUACGGAGGCGCGUUGUGGCAACAUCGGUGGCGACUUUGUCAACCAAACAAGUGAUUUCGGUGCGAGGUCAACAAGUGUGAAGUGUGAAGGAGUGCUUUAUUUAUACCGACUUAACAAUGCACAGAGUGCUGCAUUUAUGGAGGCCUGUAACUACGAUUUUCUCAUGUAUUUGUUGCUAAAUUUGUUUUGUGUUGAAGAAGCAAUGCAUUCCUUUUUUAUGUGUGAGUUUUGUUUUUUUCCCUUCAGUAUGAAUAUUAGGAGCGGGCUCGUUUUGCUCACCUUUUUAUUUUUAAUGUACCCAUUGAACAAGGCACUGGACUGUGCUUUGGCAGGCUGCUUGCGCGAAUGCCCGAACAGAAACAUUUUGCUAAGAGCUCCGCAUUUACACUUGUCAAAUCAGUUUUACAGGUUCCCUUUUAUAAUUUUACAAGGGAACGAUACAAAAGACAUAUUUCCUAGCACAGAGUGCUUGUUAUGCCAGAGUCCGACUAGAGCGACAAACAGAAACAAAAGACAGCGACAAGCUACAAACAGAUGCAGCAUGCUCGCGAUGGUACCUUUGCAGGUGUUUAGUCGUUCGGUGCUCGACAAGUAAGCACGAGUGAUUGCAAGCCUGCCAAGGAUAGCCUUGCGUGCAUGAUGCUUGUGUUUGAGCAUAGCCUCCUUUAUUCUACAAAGCCUGUCGAAUUGCGAAAGACUCCGGUUUGAGGCUUGUAAUUGUGGUUUGUUUCCAUUUGUCGCUCUAGUGGGACUCUGGCAUUAUGCAUCAAGACAAGCAUCCAGGCCGACAACUGUGCAAAGUCUGGCUAUGCUUUCUGGCUGUUCAACAUUGCUUGAAAGACCUGGGCACUAAGAAUUUAUACAUUUCUUUCAAGUCUGUAUUUAGUUUACGGGCUGGCAAUCCAACAGUUUCAGUUUGCACUGAUGUUCAAUAAAAGUGCCUCAGAUUUAACUUAAGAGCAUAUAUAUACCUUAUAGGACUUCCUUGCUAUGUUAAAACACCGCAUACUUUGAACAGGCAGGUCACAGAUAUAAUCAGUACCUCUUAUGCCAAGUUGAGUAGUUCAGCUGUUCGAUUCUGGGCAAUACCUUGUUUUAGGGGCAAACAUGUCCUCAAUACUUGAAUGGAGUGUUUUUUCAUUUCUGCUUGCAACCAAUUUAGAAGCUCUCAGUUGGUUUGUGCGUUGUAUCAUCUAAUGGAUUUGUGUUGCAAAUAGUGACCUUUAUUUUUGUGUUUUGUCUACCAAUAUUGUAUGGAAAAAAAAGCAGAGUGAUCGUCAAACUGCAGCUCCUAUUUAUUUUGGCUACUGAAAGCUAUCUGUUGCCAUUGCCUUCAACUGACUCAGAUUUUCCCACAGUAGACUGGACUGUGAGAAGCUCUAAAAAACACUUGCUCUAUCAUAGCUUCUUUUAAGUUUUAUGAUUAUUUUUAACGCCUUUUUAAAGAAGCACAUACCCAUUCUGUUUUGCUUUUCUAAGCAUAGCCUCUUGUAACACAAAUGUCUGAAAUUCAUACUUUUAUCAUAGCACCCACAGUUUGUACAUUUUGCAAUGGGUAUCGCACGAUAUAAAGGAGUAAGAAUUAUUCGGUUUCAGUGUUUAUGUAGUAAAUGUUUGUUGACAAAUCUUUCCAUGUAUUUUGCGAUGCCUUGUCUCGAGCAGACUGAACCGUUGGGGCUAUUAAAGUAUGGAUGGGGAUUUUGCUUCCCUGGUGUGUACCUGACUAUAUAAAAAAAAGAAGGAUAUAGAGCUUAAUAUUGAAAGGUCGAAGCUUAACAUGUCACAAGGUCGAAGCUUUUUCACUUGAAACAAACCUUGAAUUUGGAGAUGAAGCCGUUUGAUACGAGUGAGCAUUAUUUCUCUCCCUUUCGGAAAUAAAACAUUCAAACUUACA